GAGACACGCAAACUUUAACGAGGUUCGAAGGUGGGGUAAUCCUUCUACGUCCUCAAAAUCCAUUAUGUAGUUGGUUGUUGAAUAAUGAACCAACAAUUACACUUGUGUGAAUUUCUGCACGGUAUAUCUUCGCAAGGCCAAUGUUGCUACUGCACUCGUGCUGGCUUUGUUGUUCCUUCGAAGGUCACGCUUCUUCAACAACUACAAGUCUUGAAGGUCUUCCAAUUCAUCUUUUUGACUCUCUGGCUUUGUAUUCCAUUGCCAAUUCGAUUGGUAAACCACUGAAAACAGAUGCUGCAACAGCAAGCCUGUCAAGGCCAUCUGUUGCACGUAUUUGUGUUGAGGUUGAUACUAGUAAGGAACUGCCCCAUGGUGUCUGGAUACAUCUUGGUCAACUUAUAUUUCAUCAACCUAUCAAUUAUGAAGAUCUUCCUGAAUAUUGCCCCUCCUGUAAAUCUUUUGGACAUAAAAACUGCAAAAAGGCCACAAAAUCCUCUAGAUGGGUGUUGAAGGACACGCCAGGGACUGGGAAUACAGCUCCUGCUAUAGCCGUCCCUCCAUUGCAAACGGUGGACACCACUUUGAGACUUGUGGCAAAACAACUUGAUGGUCAGAAUCAGGAUGGUCCAGAUGAAAAUGCUUCCACUGCUGUAGAAACAAAUACUUCUGCCCAGGCUGAAACAAAUCUGUUUCAAUCUGAUCCAAAACUUGAAGCUUUGGCAACCACCAUUGUUAAUGGUAGGAAUGCUAAGGUUCCUAAGCCAGCUGACAGUGCUGAAGACAAAGCAGUGAUGAUGGUAGAGAUUGAACAAAUCUGUGUUGGUGAGGAUGCUUUGGAGAACAACCAAACUCCAACUAACACCGACCCUAAUUCCGAGAUUGAACAAAGCUGUGAGGCACACAAACUAUCUCCCAAGACAGAUUUGGAAGGCACACAGUACGAAGAGGAAUUCCCUCCCCUCUCUAAAGAGUCCUUAACUACAACCACGGAUGAUUUUCCAUCCCAAAAAUUUAACAGUGAUGCACACACUCUUUCCUUCGAGAAAGAGAUGGAUGGCACACUAUCCCCUACUAUCAUUGGAGAUGAUGAAACUAUUUCUGAUCCUUCUCUUAGAAAAAAAAUUUUCCCACCAGUAACUAACAUUGCAGGUAAUGACCAAACUACUACUGGCCCUAUUCUUCACUCUUUUGAGGUGGAUGGACAGCACUAUGAAAUCAGGUCCUAUGAAGAAGCGGAGACAAGCAACCUAAGGGAGGAACCUAACGACUUCCAAGAUGUCCAGAACAAACGCAACAAAAAAGCGGGGAAGAGGGGAACUGCACCAAGGACGAUUAAAACUAGAAGCUACGAUCCAAAUCUUGAAGUUGGAACAGUAAGCGAGAUCACUAGAUACUGGCUCAGCCGCAAAUCAACCAUAAUGGAGAAAAUCGUCACUACCAAAAGUUAUUCUGGGCCCUUUUGGUAUGUUGGACCUGUCGGCCCAAUUGGGGCAGAUGGGAAAAGGCCAAAGAAAAUAAUGCCCAGAAACCUUGCCUUGGAUCAACACUCAGGAGAAACAAGGAACCUACUUAAGAUGAAGACUUUGCUGUUGGAAUACCUCAGAGCCUCUGGACAGCAAAUAAACUUCACUAAAAGCAGGUUCUACUCCUCCAAAACCACUUCUAAAGAACAGCUCUCUCACAUGGAGAAGAUCUUGGGAAUGAAGGCUGGCUCCCUUCCUUUCACCUACCUGGGUGGAACUAUCUGCAGGGGCAUCCUUAGGAAAGAGCAUUGCAACAACCUCCUGGAGCACUUUGAUAAACACAUCUCCUCAUGUCAGAUUUUUCAAGAAGAAGGAAAUAAAGUCCUGGGAAAGAUUGAGGCUACAUUUAAAGAGAUGCCAUCAGCCACAUUCACUACCCUAGAUGAAGAAAGAUUGCUUGGCAGUAAGCUGCAAGUUCAAGCAAUUGAGCUUGAGGAUAUUGAAACAAUCAGAGAAAGUGAGGAGAACUACAUUGAGGAUGCAGGCCUCUCUGAACUUGGGCGCCUUGAACACAAUACCUUGACAAUCGAUUUUCAUGAGGUGUCAAUCAAUUGUCAUGGCCUGCGGAACUUGGGAACAAAAACUGCACAGCAUGACAAUCGAUUAUCAACAGUGGUUAGUCGAUUGUCGGCCAGUUCUGAACCUAGGUCUGCCAUGUUGAAUAAGCUGUUUUCAUAUGGAAUCAAGAUCAUGGCAUACUAUGCAUGCCGCGACAAGAGGUCAGGCCCAAUGCGCCUCUUCCGCGGGCCCGUUCCGGAACGUACGGGGUCCAGUGGGUUCACAUAUAGAGGGCUUGUGUACGUACAUGGCCUCUCUGAACUUGGGCGCCUUGAACACAAUACCUUGACAAUCGAUUUUCAUGAGGUUUCAAUCUAUUGGCAUGGCCUGCGGAACUUGGGAACAAAAACUGCACAGCAUGACAAUCGAUUAUCAACAGUGGUUAGUCGAUUGUCGGCCAGUUCUGAACCUAGGAUCAUGGCAUACUUUGCAUGCCGCGACAAGAGGUCAGGCCCAAUGCGCCUCUUCCGCGGGCCCGUUCCGGAACCUACGGGGUCCAGCGGGUUCACAUAUAGAGGGCUUGUAAAGGAGAUGAGUCAUGCUCCCGAGCAUGGAGAAGUGGGUCCUCAGGGAGAACAGGAGCACGUGAGCGUGCAUAUUGAGGCAUCUAGCUUCACCCCGCAGCAGGAGGUUCCGGAGCCGCAGGUUCCGCAACCGAACGCCCCACCACAGGCGGUUCCUUUCCUGCAGCCGCAGAUGGUAGCCAACAUGCUCCAGUUUCUCCAGCAGAUGGCUGGGGCGUACGUACCACCACCGCCGCCGCCGCCUCCGGUGGUUGUGGUCACUAUAGAGAAGCUGAAGAAGAACGGAGCCGAGGAGUUCCGUGGCAACCAGAUCGCGGAACCCAUGGUCGCGAAGCGCUGGCUCGAGCGUGUAAGUCGAGUACUCGAAACCCUGCGGGUUCCGGCAGAGCAGAGGGGCGACCUAGCCAUCGCCUUACUUCAGGACGCUGCCUACGACUGGUGGAAGUGCGCGGGAGCGAAUGUCCCGGAGCCGGUGCCAUGGGCGACUUUUGAUGAGCUGUUCCGUGAGGAGUACGUGCCUGAGCACUUUAUGGAGGAGAAGCGCGAUGAGUUCAUGAAGUUCACUCAGGGUGAACUUACGCUACCAGAGUACCGCCAGAAGUUUGAUGAGCUGGCCGAGAAUGACAUCAACGAUCUAUAUAAGCAGGCGUUGGAGCUACAGGCGGCCUUACUCAAGAAGGCCGAGUAUGAGCAGGCCCAAAAGACGCAUCCUCUUCCGCCACCGCCACCCAAGUCCAGCUCAAGCAGCAAGAGGCCUCCUUUCGUGCCGAGCAGUUCACACACGAGCAAAAAGGUGAAGUCCGCACCAGUCCCGUCAUCAGCACCCACUCAGAGGAGCGGAAAGGGCCAGAGCCAAGGUGGGUAUCGGAACCCGCCCUGCAACUCCUGUGGCCGAAGGCAUUCCGGUGAGUGUUGGUUCACUCAGGGCUUAUGCCUUGGGUGUGGACAGGCCGGGCAUUUCCGUAGAGACUGCCCGACGAACCCUGGCGAGGCGUUUCCAACAGCAGCCGCAGCUUCAGCUCCAGCAGCCCAGCCCGCAUCGAGCCAGAAGUCGGUAGUGGCAUCUAGUCAACGAAAGAGGCCGGCGCAGAGCGCACAGUCCGGGAAGGCUCCAGCCCGCACCUAUGCCAUGCAUGGACGCACUGAACAGCCUGCCCAUGACGUGAUUAUGGGUAUUUUCACUUUAUUCGAUACAUGCAUAUCUGCUUUUAUUGAUCCAGGUUCUACAUUGUCGUAUUUAUGUACGUCUAUGCCUACCGCGUCGGGCAUCUUGAGAGAGAAGCUAGAGAGUCCGGUUGUUGUGUCUAACCCGUUGGGACACAGUCUACGUCUCAACCAUAUUUAUUCUAAGUGUCCGUUAGUGGUGCAAGGGAAGAGUUUCCCUGCAAAUCUGAUCGAACUUCCACAUCGGGAAUUUGACCUUAUUCUGGGCAUGGAUUGGCUCACCGCCAACCGAGCUGUGGUUGAUUGUGGUGCACACACUGUACGGCUGGAAGCCGAGGACGGCAGCGAAAUAGUAGUCCACGUCUCCUCAGUGCAGUGUUCAUUCUCAAUUAAGGUGGUGCUCUAUCUCAAACAAGGUGGUGCUCAUUCUGAUGCAUGACAUCAGACCGAAAGUGUCAUCUGAUUGAAAGAUGUCAUCUGACUGGAGUCAAUCCCAUAUAUAUAUAUAUAUAUAUAUAUAUAUAUAUAUAUAUAUAUAUAUAUAUAUAUAUAUAUAUAUAUAUAUAUAUAUAUUUAAAAAAAUUUUUUUAUUAAUAUUAUUGGAACGGUCGGUUACAAGCAGGGGGCCCUAGGUCCGUUAACCUCGUGACUACCCCGGGGCCCGUUAAACACCCGAGGCAGAUAGCCCACUAUAAGAAGUCCAAUGAAAGCCCAAUCUAAAGCCCAACCCCAUAAAUCUGCAAACACUUCCCAGGGGGUCACCCAUCAUUUC